GUAAAAUAUGUAAACUGUAAAACCCUUUAUCCUGAUAUCUGCCUACUGUAAUAAUUGCAGUGGUUAGUUUUGCCACUCGAUCAACCCAGUCACAUCAAUUCAAAUAACAACAAACAGUGCAACCUCGCUUAACUGCAUGCCUUGGCACUCACUCCUUCCUUCCUCGCAAAAUCCACAGCCUCAAUCAUUCACCUGUCGCAUCCAGGUGUCCCAUUGACCUUGAACCAUUAGAGAUGUCUCUCUCCACCCCCAGUCUCUCCCGCAAAUCCAGCCCUCAACAAUACCUCAUCACAUCCCCCUCGUCCCUCUCCAGCACCUCACUCUUUAAUCUUUCCCAGCGCGAACUCUCAAAACGUCUCCCAGCGUCAACUUUUUAUCGUGCCACCUUCUCGAUCUAUAUUCGUUGGCUUGAAGUCCACCGCUGCAAGCCGUCGGCCAGGACGGAGCACUGGAGUAAUACGGUUAUGCAUUGGUGUCAUAGUUUGGCUUCAAAAGGAUUCAGUGUCAAGGAAGUUGUUGAGGAAGUGGAGAGCUGGAAGAGAGCAAACGGACCGUUCGGCGGCAAUACUUAUAGGAGUCCACCAAGUAAGGAAGAAAUCAGGAAGGCUUUUCAAGAGGAUCCGAAGGCGCAGUGGGAGAAGAGGCCUGAGAGGGAGGGGGACAAAGACAGGGAGAAGGACAGUGAGCAAGAAAGGAUGGGAGAUUCGUAUAGGCCUGAGUCGAGUUCGAGACGGGAUAAUACUAUGAGGGAGUGGGAUAGGAGAGUGGAGGAUGAAUGGAGAGCGGAGAGAGACUCACGUCGAGAGAUUAGGGAGGAGUCGCGCCUAGAGGGUUCAGGAGCACGGCACGAUGCCGAGUUGAAAAAGUUUGAGGGGAAGCCACCGCCAAACUACAUUUGCAACCGAUGUCACGUUCCUGGCCACCAUCUCCAAGUCUGUCCAACGAACCUAGACCCGAGCUACGAUCGUGCUCCAGAUGACAAUUACCUCUGUGAGAUCUGUCGCAAGAGGGGAAAACACUUCAAAUCGCUCUGUCCUGAGAACACCGAUCCCUUCUCAAUUUUUCAAAAGCGUAGAGCAAGAGGUGUCACCACACCAGCAAACCAACUUAGCACUCGGCGUGACGAACGUGAAAAUCAAAGUAGGGCGCGGCGAGAAAGAGAACGCGACCGGCACGAGGGAAGAUUGAUUGGCCGAUUGACGGAAAACUCAUCAAACAGCUCGGCUACGAACACUCCGACCUCAGGAAGGAAGAAAGAUUUGAUAGACAAGGUUCAAGAAAUCGAAGACAAGAAGCAGAGACUCUUUCGUGAACAGUCGGACGAAAUUGGCGACAUGAUUCGCGAAAACACAGCGCAGCGAAGUAGUGGGCGCAAGAGAGAUCACCAAGAAAACGAAGCCAUUUUGAUUGACAGCCCUACUUCGAACACGAUUCAAGCAAAGAAGAAGGCACGAAGAGAGGGCGAAAAUUCGAGCACAGCAAGUCAGCAUACCGAGUCAUACGAACGCUUCGAGACUGAGCAUAGACACAACAUCGAGGAAUUCGAACGAGGCAGCGACACAGACAUGCAAAAUCAUGCAGAUUACAGCUCUCAUCAUUCUCGCAAAUCCACACCGUCAGUUGGCUUCGGCCUUCGACCGAUCGGGAUGUCUCCAGGUUCAAUGAUAUCCGACAACGAGAGCUCCGACAGCAUGGACAUCGAUGAGCUGAUCUCCUGUCCACACAAGGAAUACUCGCCUUUUGUCCAAAAACUCAUGCGAAAGCACCCAGAGAUGAACGAGGUAGUGAACGUUAUCAGGAAGCGCAAGACUGCUCGGGAAAUGUGGAAGGAGGCUGAUAAAGUGCGAAGUCAACAACCUAGAGCAGGGUCUCCAUCAGAAAGAGAGUUUGGUAGACUUACACCGGUAGCCUACGAUGCGGAUAUGACUAUGCAAUUCGACGGCGCUUGCGAUGAUUUCGACUACGACCAGACCAGAGACCAAAAAAUGACGUCUGUCGACACAGACAUAUUUUUUGAUUCUCGCACGCACCUCAUAUCCACGAUAUCUCCAUCCCGAACUUCAAACAUACCCCAAUCGGAAGAGGUCACCAUGACAUCGACAAACACAAGCACAAACUCUGAAGGCCCUUUACCAUAUACCUCCGUUGUAGUGACUACACGAGAAACUCAGCCCCCAGAGGAGCCGACAGACGAUCGCGUCGUUCCCACCGAACAGUUCCGAGGCUAUGCUGCACAGCAGAGACGCAACAUCGAAGCAGUCCGCAUCAGCAGAGCAGGAAGACCGAUCGACCGCCAUGAAUUGAAGGCUUUCUCAGCGAAUUUCAAACUUGCCACACAACCCCCUAAAGAUCUCGUUCAUACUCUUGCUAAGGUUUCGAAGAACCAGAAGGAGAAUGAGGAACAUUCGAAACGCAAUGCAGCGGGAGCCAGAAAGUGGACUGCAGGAUCUGACGCUGGGUAUGAUGCUGGAUCUGAGGCCGAGAUUGAGAAAAAGUAG